UCCCGCAGGUCCUUCUCACAGCUCACUGCUGGGUCCGACUUCGACUGGAGAGAGCGGCGAUGGGGGUGUUGUUUUGAUUAAAGUUGACCGAUUUUGUAAUAGUUUUUUUUACUCCCGCAUUCUUACGUUGGAACUCCAGGAUGUUUGACGUGCUUUCUGAGUGUUCAACCGUCGGCUUUUUCGUCUCGUCCACGAAGGAGAAACUCACUUGGGAAUGACCGAUCUCAAACUGGAAAAAAAGAAGCAACUUUUCUGCCUUACUAGUCAGUAGGCUGACCUAUGCUAAGCUAACCAGCUAGCCAAUGCAGUAGAACAUUCCACGUUAAAAGUCCCACAGGCGUGAAAGUAAACCUAACGUCUCGGGAUUUGGUGACUAGAUGAGCGUUACGCGUGUCUUCGUAAGAGAAACCUGUCCCUCGGAGUCUCACUUUACCCGGUCGUCGGAGUGGACCGUGCAGGUGCAUCUCUUUGCGGCACCUGCGGGAAACUUGGUUGGAGAGCUAACUUUAGCUUGCUCGUAUUAGCAUAAAGCAGAAGGACUAUGUUGUGGACCAGUUUCUCUCUCGUGGCAGAGAAUUUUUUGAGAUAUAUAUGAAGUGUUAGUUUAAAAACUGCGUGUUGCUAUUUAACCGUGAACCCAUAGAGUGGUGACAUUAGCUUUAAAAAAAGUAUUUUUGGCUAACAGUAGCCAGCAAACCUCGCUAGCGAGUAAUUGACCCUCAUCCACUUGUACCGGAGUGGCGACUUGGAUAACGUUGCAGGUCGUGGACGCUCUCUCGCGCUCCCACGGGACUUUGGACACGGACGGUUUUGGUCCCUUCGCGUGGGGCUGCGCGCAGGGAAUGCCCCUCUGUUGGCGUGACAGCAUGAGGAUUUCAAACAAGUUUUAAAGUUCUUCAUUUUGUUCUAAAAAAGCUCUGCUGCACCCUAUAUGGUGCCGCUACGGCCACCGAGAAAUGGAUGUCUCGCAGGCCGCUUUCCCAAACGGUGAAGGGCGGCCGUGCGUCUGGACAGACUCCCCCACAGCUCGGACAGACUCUCCCACAGCUCGGACAGACUCUCCCACAGCUCGGCCGUGUGCUCACUCUGCUCCGUUGUGCCCCACUCGGUCUCUGUGGACAGCCGCGUAUGACUACGAGGCCAGUGGCGAGGAUGAGCUCAGCCUCAGGCGAGGGGACGUGGUGGAGGUGCUGUCCAAAGACGCAACGAUCUCCGGGGACGAGGGAUGGUGGACGGGUAAAAUCAACCACCGGGUCGGGAUUUUCCCCUCGAACUAUGUCACCUACCAGCCCGCUAUUUACCGUCUCCCUGCCACGAGUGGGUCUGCGGGGGCACGAGAGCACGUCCCGACCCCCCCUUCGCAGAUUCCCUUCAGUGAACUGGUGCUAGAGGAGAUCAUAGGCGUGGGUGGAUUUGGCAAAGUGUAUCGGGGCACAUGGAAAGAUCAAGAGGUAGCCGUGAAGGCUGCUCGGCAAGACCCGGACGAGGACAUAACAGCCACCGCCGGCGGUGUUAAACAAGAAGCGAAACUUUUCUCCAUGCUGCAGCACCCAAACAUUAUCAAACUGGAGGGAGUGUGUCUGGAGGAGCCCAACCUGUGCCUGGUCAUGGAGUACGCCCGAGGCGGGACACUGAACCGGGCGUUGACCGGAAGGCGCAUCCCUCCACACAUCCUGGUCAACUGGGCCGUGCAGAUUGCACGCGGGAUGCUCUAUCUGCACGAGGAGGCCGUGGUACCCAUUAUCCACCGUGACCUGAAGUCUAGCAACAUUUUAUUACUUGAAACGAUUGAGAAUGACGACAUCGGGAAGAAGACCUUGAAGAUCACAGAUUUCGGCCUGGCCAGGGAGUGGCACAACACCACAAAAAUGUCAGCUGCAGGCACCUAUUCCUGGAUGGCCCCCGAGGUGAUCAAGUCGUCUCUCUUCUCCAAAGGCAGCGACGUCUGGAGCUAUGGAGUCUUGCUGUGGGAGCUGUUAACAGGGGAGGUGCCGUAUCGUGGGAUAGACGGCCUGGCUGUUGCUUACGGCGUGGCAGUCAACAAGUUAACUCUACCGAUCCCCUCGACGUGCCCCGAACCCUUCGCCAAGCUCAUGGAAGAGUGCUGGGACCAGGACCCCCACGUGCGUCCCUCCUUCUCCUGCAUCCUGGAGCAGCUGUCGGCCAUCGAGGAGGCGGUGAUGGCCACCAUGCCCCAGGACUCUUUCCACAGCAUGCAGGACGACUGGCGCGUGGAGAUCCAGGAGAUGUUUGAUGAGCUCAGGACCAAAGAGAAGGAGCUACGUUCCAGAGAGGAGGAGCUGACUCGGGCCACCGUCCAGCAGAAGUCUCAGGAGGAGCUUCUGAAGCGUCGGGAGCAGCAGCUGGCAGAGCGGGAGAUCAACGUGCUGGAGAGAGAGCUCAACAUCCUCAUCUUCCAGCUCAACAAAGACAAGCCCAACGUGAAGAAGAGGAAAGGCAAAUUCAAGCGUUCCCGCCUCAAACUGAAGGAUGGAAACCGCAUCAGCCUGCCCUCAGACUUCCAGCAUAAGAUCACCGUGCAGGCGUCGCCUUCCAUGGACAAGAGGCGAAGCCUUCACAGCACCAGCUCCUCUCCUCCCAGCAGCCCCACACUCAUCCCCCGGCUACGAGCCAUCCAGCUUACCCAAGAUGAGAGCAACCGCACAUGGGGCCGUAGCACCCUCUUCAGGCCAGAAGAGUUUGAAGACGUGAAAAAGGGAAUCAAGAAGAAAGGAAGAACCUGGGGUCCCAGUUCAGUACAGAGCAAAGAAAGACCUGCUGCUGCUGAGAGAGUGCGUCCUCUGUCAGACGGCAGUAACCCCUGGUCCACCAGCCUGGUCAAAUCCCAAAAGUCUGUCCCCCUCUCUGCCCUGUUUGCUGAACAAACGGGGGCCGGUAAAGACGAGGCGUUCUCCCAGGAAUGUCCCGACAGCAGCUCCAAGCCAAAGCAGCUCAAGUUCCCCAACCAGGUGUACAUCGAUCUACCUCUGUGGAGGGACGAGCAGCAGCCUCAGAGCCCCGCUGGGCAUUGUGGGUCGGGAGAUUCUGGGGUUGGGGCAGCAGGUCAGGGUGGCCCAGCAGAGACCCCAGAAGACACCACCACAUCCACCUCGUCCACCUCCACCACCCCACAGGGCACCCCCACCAACAGCCUGAAGCGGACGUCGGCUCGCCGCAAGACCGACUCCGUGCUGUACGGCUGCGGCUCGUUGCUGGCUUCCGUUGUGCUCGGUUAUGACAUUAGGGAGGCUCUCAAAAACUCGGCUCCUGGGGAGGAUUGCGAGCCCCAGCGCGAGGAGAAGGAAAAGAAGAAGAAGGAGGGCCUGUUUCAGCGAGCGACACGCUUCCGCCGCAGCACCUCGCCACCGGGUGGUCGCUCCCGCAAAGACGAGGCCUCAUCAAACCACACCGCCACCCAACCUGUCAAUCUCAUCUCCAUGUCGGCCAUUAUGGAGUGCAACUCCACCAAGUGUCUCUCGCAGUCUGAGGCGGACGCGUCACAGUCUAGGCCUGGGAAGGUUGAGCUCGCGGCCGCCAAUCAUCUCACGGAGUCGUCCAGACCCGGCGAAGCAGCUGCUACAGAAGGCCAGAAUAACACACAGACACCACCGCAAACCCAAAGCCAGCCAGCUGAGCAGAGCAACCACAACACAGGAACACGUCUACGCAGAAAGAAAUACACCACCAACCACAUUAUCAAUGGCCCACCCACUCUGCCUCCUCCAGCCUCACAGAAGAAGCAUGAAAAAGAGCAGGAUGGACUGUCGGAGAAGCCUUCUGGUGGGGAGGCCUUCUCCAGACCACGGCCAGUGUCGUUCCGGGCCAAGCCACAUACCUGGGCCCUGCUGCGAGGGCGCAACAAGAGCUACUCGCUGGGCCACUACUCCGGAGAGAAGACGGCCCAAAACCUAAGCGUGGUGCUGUCCUCGGACGUGGGGACGGGCUGCUCCCUACUGGACAUGGACACAGAGGGCCAGAAACGGGACUGCACUGUGCCGCUCUGCCGCAUUCAGAGCUCCCCGGGACGGACCUCCGUUUUUGAGCUGGAGAAAGAGUUUCUCUCUUAGGAGCCUUCAAAAAAAAAUGACCUGCUGUGGUCAUAGUUCAUCCCAUACAACCAAGAGUGUUUCUGAACAUUCAGACAGAAUAUUUGGCCUAAAACUCCUGGAGGGUUUAGAACCAGGCUGCCUUUUUUCCCCCCGUUUUUAAAAAAAUGUUCUAUAAUAUAGAACCCAGCUUUGCCUUAGUUCUAGAACAGUCUGAGACUUCAAGCAGACACACCUGUGUCAAAGGAGUCGUAGAAUGUGCGCCUUCAUCUCAAUUCAGUUCAGACCAAAGACUCGCGACGGGUUAAUGUGAAAUUCGCAAAUACUUGCAAUGCGCCAGUCUGCAAUAUUCUGAAAUCUGUGAGUUUACACCGAUGCGACUAAAACAGCGGGCACCUCGUGCCCAAGUGCAACAGAGAGCGGGAGGCCGCGGGCGCACUUGACUGCAAUCUAGUCGCGCUGCAGCGUUCAUGAGCCCGCGAUGUCCUUUUGUGCACACAGAGCAGAAACUAACCAUCGACUUGUGGAGGUAAAGAGAUACAAAUAAACUACCAGCUGCUGAUUCAGAAAGGAUGAACAUCUGAAACAUGAUGCAUCAGCAUUUGUUUGUUUUACAGUGUUACAGGUUUAAAUAACGUCGGUCAUAUGGGUCAUAUUGUUUAUCCUGCUGUCAUAAUAAUUCCAAUUAAGUUUCAGAUUUGUCAGCGGUUAAUUGUUAACAUUAAUACGCGCAUGCACGUAAGCUGUCGCGUGCAUUUACAGAUCCGACAGCCUUGAUUAGUUACUAGCUAUAAACUAGUUUUCCUGGUAAAUGUGAGAGAGUUGGCAGAGAGAAAGGAUACGAUGGAACCGACACGGCUGUUCCUCAAACAGCUUGAUGAGGUCAUCCCCUCUUUCCUCCGACCAACUGUUUGUAACCGAGUCGACCGGCUGACUUGACAGGCCGAGUCGUAUGCGACACUGUCAGCCGGCUUGAAUCGAGCUGAGACGGACACUCCUCGCCGCUGCAACAGUUUUGUCUCGUCGCAAAUCUUUGGUCUCGACUGUGACUUCCACGCUGCCUUGACUCGUACUAGAACCCACAUUUACAAACAUAGUUCUGAAACCUGAGCAGAGCACGCUGACUCAGCAGCUCUUCUUCUGGUCACUCGGAUGCUCGACCGGCCAUCUUUGUUCGCUCAGCUCUUCCUCCCUUUUCUUACCUUCUUCCUUUUUUCGUUCUGUCGGUGCAGCUAAACGUUGACCGCUGCUGCAGCUUUCGCAACACAAUACCCUCACCUUUUUAUUUAUAUAUAUAUUUUUAUAGGUAAUUUAAUAUGAAGAGACUUGACCUUACCUUUAGAAACCAGAAGGACGUACAUUCCAUGUCAGUUUCAAAGUUGUGCGAUCACGCUUUUAGAUUUUUUUGGACUUGAGAAUCAUGCAUGCAUGUACCCUUAAAAUGUUGAACGAAAGAAAACAAUGUCUUGUUUGUAAAUAUUUCUUUUUAUCCCAUCAUCAGCCUAAUGCUGACAGCGGUUUUGUAUUGCAUAUAUGCUGUUUUGUGACUGUUUGUAAAAGUGAGCGAUGCUGCAGUACCGUUUGUGUUCCAGGGACCGGUUACAUACUGGAUCGUAGCAGGGAUGCAAGUAUGUCUUCUCCCAGAAUGUCCUAAAGAUUUUAGAGAAGCAGGUAGAAAAGUACCUGCAGAGCAAACAUUCGUUUCACUUAACUGUUGAAAUGACUAUUGUACUCGUGUUUGAAAGUAUUUAUAGGGGUAUUUUGGGGGUUAAUAUUUCCUGUACUGCAGCCGAGUGGGGGAACACUUCAGCCACCAAUGUUUAUGUCGGGAAAACCUGCCCCAAAUGAAUGAAUUUAUAAUCUAAUCCUCCCCCGAUGACAGCUGAUUGGCUGCAACUGCAGUGACACAGCACAAUCUCAGAUGUAAAUUGUUAAAAAGAUUAAUGCUCAGCCGGGAGUGGCAACAUGGGAGGAUCUUGUUUAGAACAUUGAGUGUACAAAGAGCAAUACUACAGACGGACCGUGUGCUUUCAAUACUAGUUUCUAGACAUUAGAGGACAACAUUUAGUGAAAUAGAGUGAAGACACAGUUUCAACUCUGUGAACUCGUGAGUGUGGCGGUCUGACUCUGCAGGAUACACACUGGUCACUCCCGGGCCCGCUCUAAAAGAUGAACAAAUUGACUUAAUUUUGUUACUUUUGACUGAUGAUCAUACACCCCCCACACAACUUUUUAUCGCUGUCUCAAUUCAGUCUGUUUUUGAGAAGUUCAUAAGAACAAAACAAAGCUCAUUUACAGUGAGAUAUGAAUUCUCAAACGGUGUAAAUAUAUUUCCUGACGUGUGUAUCACUGUGGCAUCUUGUGAUGACUUAGGAUGGGAAGUGUCCCAUGUUCUGUAUUUUAUGACCACUGACUGUCAAACAACACUGUAAAAGCCUUACUAAUAA